CGUUCUACGGAAAACCAGCCCGGAAUGGGUGAUUUAUCAAGAGGUUUACGAAACGAAUAAGAUAUAACAUGCGAGGCGUCACGGCGAUCGAGUGGCUGCCGAAAUUCGCGUCCACGUUGUGCCGUCUCGUCGCGCGCCAUUGGCUGAUCCAUCGCCAAGGUACAAUCAAAGAACCGGAAAGCUCAUUUGCCGUGUGUCCAGUACUUCCGGAAAAGCUGGAUGGCCACUACCACCGAUGGACAUCGAGCACCCGUUGACAGUGAACGAUGUCAAGUGGUUCGCGUAUUUCUUCCUGGAGGGUCAAGUGUGCUCUAAGCUGAAACGAUUUGUCCCGUCGCUGCUGACGACAUCUGGUAGCAUCAUCAAGUCGUGGGUCAAACUGAUACCACGCAAGCGUCAAGCGAUAGUACAAACGCUACGGUCGCAGGGAGUCGUGUCCAAGGACAGACUGGUAGAAAUCUGGGAUUCGGACAAGAAAUUUCUGCUGCCAGAAGUGGCUGCCGGAAUCCACGCCAAAAAGAAAAUGGAAAAGUAUGUUUCAAAGGCCAUCAUCAUCAUAUGCUAUCAUCAUAAAACUAUCUGA